AUGGGAGUCGAGUGGCAGGAGAAGCAGCUCUACCAUGAGGUGGCUGCACACUUGGAGGGAGAGGCGCAGCGGUUGUUCGCCACCGUGAUGGAGACAGUGCCCGAGUCGGAGGAGAGCAUCGGCACGCUGGCGGACAUGUUACGCGCGAAGUACAUGACGCGCAGGACGGGGCCGGAGGUCAUGGACUUGCUGCACUCGCGGCGACAGAUGCGCGGCGAGCGACUGCUGGAAUACGCGCAGUCGCUGCGCGAGAUAGCCGAGCAGGGUGACAUCGGCGAGGUGUGGCUCGUCAACUCGUUCUUGAAGGGGAUGAGUAGCACGAUCGGCGCAACACACGUGCGCGGCCAUCGCCCCAGGAACUUGGACGACGCAGUGAACCUGGCGAUCCCGCAUGUGGGAGACUACGGU